ACCAAAGAAAGCAUUUUAUUGUUGAAAUAAACAAUGAAAUGCUUUACUUGAUUCAUGCAGGAUAUGAAGGUAGCGAUCAUUGCAGAAAUUUCUUUUACCUAACCCACAAACGUGGGUUAUAUAUUUUUCCUGCAAUGUCGCCACCUUCAUAUCUCGCAUGAAUCACCAAAGAAAGCAUUUUAUUAUCUAAUUUGUAAGGAAAUGAAAAAGUUUAAGUGUGAUAUCUUAGAAAGUAUAGGAUCGACGGUGAUUUAUUUAUUUUCGUGCUGCUUUUUGAGUCCUCUUUUUUUUCAAUUCAGCACUAGCCAAAACUAGUAUAUUUAUGCACAAACAAAUGAAUAAACUGUUAUUAAUUAAAGAGGAAUAUUGCACUUAAUUUAUAUACGUUUACAUUUAAAUGAAAAAAUGCAAUUGCAAACUUGAUUUUAUUUGUAUGGGUGUUGAUGAAUUUUAACGCUAAAAACGCGAGAAGAAAGUAUUCGAUGCGUAACUUUUUUUGGACAAUAGCACACUUCAACCCUUGGGUGACGUUGCAUGUACGCAUAGCGUCAUAAUUACAACAACGUCAUAAACAAACUCAACGUCACUCUGUGUUAUAACAACGGCAUUGUUGGCAUUAUAACCAUGGGCUGCAUUAACACAAAAGUGGCGCCAAUCCCUGAAAACAUCAGGAUUCGCACAAAGAAAGAAAGAAAAAUGUUGAAGAAAGCUUUGAAGAAGCAGGGCAUCACUGCUAAAGUGACGAAAAGCGGGAUUGCUUUUGAGAUCCCAAUUUCCGGCGACUUUCGAAGAGCCAAACUGCCUCCAAUUGGCAAAUCAAUGGGGAAAAGGGAGCAUACACACAGCUCCGCUACUGAUGUUAUGGACACAGAAAUCAAACGAGAAAAAGCAGCUUUGCAGUUGGAGAGAGUGAGAUCCGCCAGGUCACGGCGUGAACAUGCAGAACAGCUAAGGAAAGCUGCCGUGGAACGCAGUAUUCAGAGUACUAAGCAAGAGGAGGCCGCACUGAGACGGGCGGAUAGAGAGAAAGAAUUAAUGGACAAACUACACCGUCGCUCACUGAAACGACAGACCAACAAGAAGCUGGCCCACUUACUGGAGCUGUUUGAUAUGCUGCAAUAAUUCUCUCUCUUAAACUUGUAAUUCAAACUGUGAUAUCUCAAAAUAAACUGAUCUCUCUCUUUAUUCAAUAUUUGGUGUUUUUCUUUUAGCUUUAUUUUCAGUUUUUGAAAAGAAUAAAGGUGCACGGAUUAGGGAUUUCAAUGAGAAAUUAAUAUUUUAUACAGAAAAUUUAGGGUGGUAAAAGAUUUCAUUCAAAAACCUUGUCACUGAAGUUUCCCCUUUAAAGUCCAAUUCCUGGAAUUUGCCUCUACAACUACUUCAAUAACAGUGUAAGUCUAGUCAAACUGACGUACAAGUACCAGCUAUAUGUACUAUGGUCUACAAUGUUGCUGAGAGAAAGGCUGUGUAAAUACCGUAUGGGACCCUUAUUCUGUUUUCAUUAAAAGUCAAAUUCAGGCAAAACUGAAGUCUUAUCGUAUAUCAUAUAGACUGAAUUCAUAAGUCAUAGCAAUGAAAGUAAAUCAACUGGUUCUUAGGACUUUGCUAUUUAACUGAGGUUGAUUGCAGUGGUUAAUAUUACAAAUUCAAUGUUAAAGUCAGAAAUAAGAAAGAAAAAGAAUGCAAGGUUGCACAUCAGGGACACCCCAGACUCCCCCAUUACUUGACAAUGCUACACUUUAUGAAUGGCAGGGUACACAUUAAAUGCAGCAGCUCAAAAUAAUUUGAUAUAAAGUGCUUAACUUGCAAAAUUUCUUUAGAAAAAAACUUCCUGCAAACAUGCAUAUCAAUUCCUUUGCCAACCAUAAAAUUCUAAAUUUAAAACGGGCCAAAACUCUCUUGCCAGAAUUUCCUUGUACAUUUGUAAUAUGCACAACUACACUCUAUGUAAAUAUAGGUGAAUUAUCUAUAUGUAAUCUGACUUGUUCAGGUCUGUGAAUUCAAGUCUGUUAUUUCACAUUGUCUAUUACAGAUAUAUUAAUACAUUUUCUGUUACAGUUACAUUGUCUGUUACAGAUACAUUGUCUGUUACA